AUGCUUCAGGUGGUGAACGAUCAUGACUGGGCAGACAAAUCCCGAACCAACAGUGUCACAGCAGAACAGAUCUACAAAUACGCGACGGACCUGGAGCUUAUUUAUGGGAAACUUCUUGUUAAGAGCACAAGCGCCAUAGAAGAUCUUUACACUCUUCCCAUUGAGAAAUCCAGUUUAUUAAGUGAUAAAGGAGAUUUCGUUGUGACCCCUCUCGUUAGCCUUCUAAAAAAACACUCUUAUAUCUUGGUUGAUCACCCUCAUCUAUUUUUCCAAUGUUUGAUUAACGAAGGGAUUCCUGAAUUGUCGUCUUCAGCAGCAGAUAUCCUUGAAUCCUCAACGCCCAAAAUAGCCUACAUGAAAUACUUAGACACAGAAGAACAGAAGGGAACUGAAAAGGCACGAUUUUACUGUUCAGACAAAAUCGUUUGUUUUGAUGUUUCACCUGAAAUGGACUACUUGGUAUGCGAAUGUCGAGAUGGAACUAUCUCUCUGUGGUCUCUUCUGACAGGCAACGAGAUAUGGGUUCGACCAACAUUGACGAAGAAAGUGUUCUACUCUGGAUAUCCAGACAACAGCGCAUACCGUAAUGCAGGCCGUUCUUUGUCCUACUACCGUUCUGUAACGUUUCAUCCAAACGGGAAAUUUGUGCUCCCCGGGACUCUCCGAUAUGGCUAUUCCAUACUGACUGGAGACAGGGAAGACCUUUUCCCUGACAGUGACUGUAUGUUCUCAAAUUUCGUCUUUUGCAAGGAGAAGAAGGAAAUUCUAACUGACUGCCAAAAUAAGCCGGACAGGUUAGCCCUGUGGAAUACGGAAGAUGGUAAAAACGUUUUGGACAUUGUUGGUCCGUGGGCAGACAAAAUUUUUUCUUUUACCAUUUCUGAAGAUGGGUCAGUAGUUGCUAUUUCCUACGUGACUGGUGAAAUUAAUCUUCUUGAUCCAGUUAACCCAUGUCGUCCGCCGAUGAGAACUAUUGAUAGUCGUUCGGUGGCAUGUGGACUGAUGCAUUUCACAUCCGAUAAGAACACUCUUGUUUGCGGGUUUCUUGGUAUUACCUUCCGCGGACACCAUGACUCGUAUAAAGCUUUCUUUUAUGGACCACCUGAGUUCGCAAUUUUAACUUCUAAUUAUGAGUCCUAUUUUGAUCAUCUUCAUCCUAAAACAUUCAGAUUAUGGCCGUGCGAUUCGUCAGGUACUUUGGACUUAAAGGAUUUUAUAACGCAGGACAAGAGCUGCUACUGGCUUAGAGAAGCGGAUAAAGUAAUCCCCAGUAGUUUUUUGUAUGCAGGCUCCUACAUCAGAUUCGAUGAUAAGUCAGCAUUGGUUGGUAGCCCAGCUUCCAAAUACAUCACGAUGUUGAAUACUGACGUGGCGUUUGAUUCGCGAAACGGUGGAGAGGUCAAAGAGAUUGCCUGUUCUCUUAAAGGAGAUACUAUUUAUUCCACUACUUCAGAGUUUUUUAAAGAUUCCUUAGACUCAAGUAGAAAGGUAACAUCGGUUACUGCUUUGACAAUGUCAAACCGCGAGGAAUUGAACACGAUAGAACUCCCCGGCUGUGUUUCCAUCUUUCCAACAAGGGAUGGUGUAGUACUUUUAAAAGAUGACGGAGCAGAGUUAAGGACCUUUGACAUGUUCACUUCUCUUCGGUAUCUCUCUGAGGUUACCCCAGGUGACGUUGUUUUUUCUAUUUCAGAGGAACGGAUAGCCCGUUUAUAUUCAACUGCACCGCAUGUCUUUCUGUCAGAUCCGACUGGGAAACUCGUAUGGCAGCACUUCGUUAUCGAAUUUUUGGACGUCACCAGUGCUAGCAGCACGAUUGUCUCAUCGCUAGAGAUCUUUUUAGAUUUCAAUGAACGUCUACAUUCAGUUGUGUGUAGUAAUCCAAGUCAGGUGUUACUUUGUACCGCAGCGGAGACGGUUACAGUCAGUUCAUGGAAAAAUGGUUUAAUUCUGUGGGAAAGAAGAACGUGCUGGACUGGAAAAAGGGCCGCGAUGAAGCCACAAAUGCUCUUUUCUCCUAAAAGUGAGCUCGUUGUCACGUGGAACACUCUUGACGAAGGUCAAGGCCUGCAUAUACUUAAUGCAGAUACGGGAGAAACACUACACGUCUUCCUUGGAGACCAGACUGACAUUGCAAUUGUUGACUGCAAGUUUUUAGAUGAUGAGUCGCUGGUUUGCUGUAGUGAGGACAACUUCCUUCGAUUGUAUAAUCUCAGGGCUGGAGUUGUGCUAAGUGUUCUAGACAUUGGAGAGAAACCCUUCUGUUUGGGAGCUUGUUUGUACCAGCCUCUUGUCGCCAUUGGUUUGUCCGGCGCAAGAACAAAAUUCAUUCAUGUACAGUUGCCAAAAGAAACUAAGAAGAAAGAAAGGUUAGUCUCUGUUCUUUUCAACAGUUUUUUGGGCACUGAGAUAAAUUAA